GAACCUCGAACCUCAAGACAUCAAGAAUAUGUAUUUGAACGCAUGUCAUGGAAAUGUGGCAGAUCAAAUGGGAUGAGCUGGAGUCUAGAUCUGUUAUAAGUCCAAUACUCUAGCACUUCAUUUGGCCGUAGAGGCGGUAGCGCACGGCUGUGUCUUGCCUGUUCUUGUCAUUCGCGACCUUUCAGAGUCAAUGACGUUCACCACUAUUUUACAACCUUUUAAGAUUUCAACUUCUACUUCUACUCCAUUUCAUGUUCAACGUCUACUUAUUUUCAAAUGCAAUUUAUCCAGCUUGAAUAUUAUCACGCGUAGAUGUCCAUAUACCUUCAAUUACUAUGGCCAAUCGAAAGAAGAAGAAUGUUGUGAUCGUUGGAGCAGGUGCAGCGGGGAUGUCCUGCGCGGCAACUCUUGCCCAGCACCCAAAUGACUUCCAAGUUACAAUCAUUGAACGAAUGGCUGUGACGGGAGGUCAAGCAACGUCCAUUUCGCUCGAUAAAUCCAAGUACGGGACCGACUGGAUGAACGAUGGUGUUCAAGGAGGCUCACCUAUCUUCAAGCAUACUUUCAAUUUCUUCAAGAAGUACGGCCAUGAGCCUCAAGAAGUGAAGUUGCAGGUGUCGUUUGGCAAAGGCCCAGACGGAUUUUGGACUAAUUGCUUUCCGAGUAAAUUGGUCAAUCAAUUCUCUGGCGACAUUAAGAAGUUUGGGAAAGUUCUCAAACUUAUCAAAUGGACCAUGCCAGUACUAGGGUUAGUCCCAAUCCGCAUUAUGCUUCGAAUGUUCUUUUUCAGCAAAGACUUUGGGGACAAGAUGGUGUAUCCGUUGAUCGCUCUCUUCUUGGGGACCGGUAAUCAGACAGCCAAUGUAGCCUGCGCUAUUUUGGAACGACUAUUCGAUGACCAGAAUAUGAAGUUGUGGGACUAUGAUGAAUCAACGCUUCUUCCGAAUCUGCCAACCAUGGUUACGUUCCCCAAGCUCCAUGAUUUCUAUGAGGAUUGGAGAAAGGAUCUCGAAUCAAAGGGUGUGGAUAUUCGUCUCCAGACAGACGUAACAGAAAUCUUGCAACGUUCUGAUAAAGGCGUUGUACUUCAGAUACGUCCGUUUGACCCCGAUGCAAAGGAUAGGAGGGUUACGCAUACAGGCCCUUCAUCGAAGACUGAAACUUUUGAUGAAUUGGUUAUGUGUGUCUUGGCCGACGACGCACUCAAGAUUUUGGGCCGAAUAGCAAGUUCGAAAGAAAAGUUCGUCCUGGGGGGUGCUAAGUUCUACGACGACAUUACGAUCACACAUUCCGAUAGCCGGUAUUUCCAAAAGCACUAUGAGACCAAGUUCGACCCUUCUCUGUGCGCCGAGCCAAGCUCAAAAGCCCAGGCAGACCAGAUUGCCUUUGCCAAGGGUGAACAACGAGGAUCAGACGACGAGCCAAGCGGUUACAGGCCGAUGUAUUACACGAAAUCAUAUGCUCAAGAUCCGAAAAAGAUCGAAAUGUCGUUCGAUUGUACCAACUACCAACACCAAUUUCGCAUGGACCAUGAUGCCGAGACAGCUCCGAUUCCACAUGAUCGUCAUGUAUUCCAAAGCAUCUUUCUUGACAAGCGAAACCAAGAUCUAUGGACCAUCAACGAGAUUGACGAAAAUAAGGUGAUAGAGAGAAAAUGGUGGCACCAGCUUGGCCAUCGAUGGCAGCAUUAUGUGAGGGUUGUUCCUGGGAUGAUGUUCAUCAAUGGGAAUAAUCAUACUCUAUUUGCUGGAUCUUGGACCUUAGUGAACAUGCACGAAUUGGCGUGCGUCAGUGGUAUUUCCGCGGCCUACAUACUUGGGGCCAACUAUGUAAAAUUUGAUGAUUUCGCAGAGGAUUUUUUCAGUAAAUACUUAUUGAUCUCUCACGGCAUGAGAUACUCAUCUGAACAGAAGAGAAGGAAGGAAAAACGAAAUUGAUUAAUGUUUGGUGCUACGCUGGACUAUAUGCCACUUGUAAAACACAACACAACACAAAUUGAACUGUAGAUAGUAAGGGAACUUACUCCGCAUGGCUUGUAUUUGCUAGCGAAGAAGCCUUUCAUUCAAGAGUAUCAAUCGUCCGAAUCCGCAUAGUCCGGGU